ACUUAAGCAUUUAUUCCACUGGGAUAGAAGCGGCAGGAGCAGCGUUGGCACCGGCGAACCAUGGCUGGGAUUUUCUAUUUCGCCCUAUUUUCGUGUCUCUUCGGGAUUUGCGACGCUGUCACAGGUUCCAGGGUGUACCCCGCGAAUGAAGUUACCUUAUUGGAUUCCAGAUCUGUUCAGGGAGAACUUGGGUGGAUAGCAAGCCCUCUGGAAGGAGGGUGGGAGGAAGUGAGUAUCAUGGAUGAAAAAAAUACACCAAUCCGAACCUACCAAGUGUGCAAUGUGAUGGAACCCAGCCAGAAUAACUGGCUACGAACUGAUUGGAUCACCCGAGAAGGGGCUCAGAGGGUGUAUAUUGAGAUUAAAUUCACCUUGAGGGACUGCAAUAGUCUUCCGGGCGUCAUGGGGACUUGCAAGGAGACGUUUAACCUGUACUACUAUGAAUCAGACAACGACAAAGAGCGUUUCAUCAGAGAGAACCAGUUUGUCAAAAUUGACACCAUUGCUGCUGAUGAGAGCUUCACCCAAGUGGACAUUGGUGACAGAAUCAUGAAGCUGAACACCGAGAUCCGGGAUGUAGGGCCAUUAAGCAAAAAGGGGUUUUACCUGGCUUUUCAGGAUGUGGGGGCCUGCAUCGCCCUGGUCUCAGUCCGUGUGUUCUAUAAAAAGUGUCCACUCACAGUCCGCAAUCUGGCCCAGUUUCCUGACACCAUCACAGGGGCUGAUACGUCUUCCCUGGUGGAAGUUCGAGGCUCAUGUGUCAACAACUCAGAAGAGAAGGAUGUGCCAAAAAUGUACUGUGGGGCAGAUGGUGAAUGGCUGGUACCCAUUGGCAACUGCCUAUGCAACGCUGGGCAUGAGGAGCGGAGCGGAGAAUGCCAAGGAAAGAGAAACUUCCUUUGAACGAGCGAAAAGUGACUUGUGGGUAGGACAAGAAAGAGGGUGUAAAGAAAGCUUAAGAAGGAAUAUAAAGGAAAACUGGCCAAGUCUUCAGAACUCUGGCAGCAGGUUCCUCCCCAAUUGUCUUUUCAAUGGUUCUACUGUGGCAGGACAAAUAGAAGAACAGGUGAAAGGUCACCUACUUCCUCAUCCAUCUUCCUUGGGGUCCAGGAGGUCAGAGGGAAGAUUGAUUAAGAUCUUAAAUGUUUGACAAAGGAUCCUUGGGCAAAAAUGGGCAGGGCGGGCGGGGGCCUGGGGUGUGCUGUUGUUUGACUCUAACCCUGAUCAUCCACUGAGUCGUCAAAGGACCUUGGGGACAGAACUACACUUCCUCUUGCAGUUCCUACCCCCAGCAGUACAUGCUAAUGGAGAGGAAGGAUGAGGGCAGGGGGAUGGUAGCUUUGCCCUCUGAAGCAGCCGCAAGUUCAUUCUGCUCUUGAAUAACAUUUUCUGAAAUGAUUUGGCUUGGUCUCAGUAGAACAACAAUGUGUGUGAGCUACUUACCCAUCUUCUUAAGGAGAAUGUAUCCCAGGAGUUAGCAGCCCUUUGAACUUGCCUAGUGAUUGGAUGCAGAGGAUAAUAUAAUGAUUCUAGUUAGUCCUGCUUCCAGGCCACAUCAGACUGUUGGAAAAAGGAAACAAAAUCCACUUCAGACAUCUCCUUCCGGACAGACAUACCCCUAAUGAAGAAAUGUUCCAGAUGUUUUACAGGACUGUUUUCAUCACUUUAGAAAUAGUAAGCAGAAGGAAGAGAGGAAAAUAUUCCAUUAAAUUUUUUUAAAUUUAUUUUUUAUUAUUUGUUUUUUAACAUAAGAGAUGAAGUCUCACUCUGUUGCCUAGGCUGGUCUUGAACUCCUGGCCUCAAGUGAUCCUACCUCAGCCUCUAAAAGUGCUGGGAUUACAGGUGUGAGCCACCUCACCCAGCCAAAAAGAUUCGUUAUUAGCGUAUUUUUUGCUUAAUUAAAAAGCUGAAAAAUGAAAGGAGAGCUCCAGAUUUUCUCUUUGGGAAAUAUUAAUCAGCAGUUUUCAGAGCAUACAUAUAAAAAAUAAUACCAAUAAAAACAUUCUUUUGGAGUCACUCUUAAGGCCAAUUACAACUAUGACAAAAUUAAGCUAGGUAAGAAUCAAGCCUUGCAGAAGUAUACAAUUUUGUUGUAUAUUGAGGUCAUCAGUAUUAAAAUGUACUCAUAUCAACAAAAGGUAUCAUAUUAAAAGCUUUUUAAAGAAAGAACAAGAUAGAACUGUUCCAACGGUUUUAAAAUAAACAGACUUGUGCUCUGAAAAGAGGAUGAGAGCUAUGUCAAAAAAAUGAUUACUUUCUUUUUUCAACUAUACUAUAGAAGGAGCUUAGGAGAAAGAAGUAAUGGAAAGGAAAUAUUUAAAAUCUAGUUCACAGAGAUGCUCCUUCCAUAUCCUUUGCACUGUUGAAAUUUUUCCUCUACCUUUGAAUCGUAUCAUUAAGAAUCAAUUGCUUGAAUCACAUGGCUGCUUUUAUCUUCGGCUUUGAAGCAUGGCUGUGAUCAUUGAAAAAAUGUAAUUCUUUAUCUAUAAGAGAGCAGCGUUUAAUUAUUGUCCUUUUUCUGAUAUACUUUUUUUUUCCUCUUUGUGUGACCAGGCUGCCUUUGCGAGUGUGAAUCAUGCAAUAGUCUCUAUUUGGGGUUCACCAAAGCAUCACAUAGAAAUUAUCUCAGUUAGGGAUUUUUGAAUAUGGUAUUCAAGAUUUGAUGACUUAUUUUAGUCUAACUGAGCUUCCUUGUAUCUUUCAGAAAUGAAUUAAGACAUAAUUAUUCUGUUAAGAUUUGAGCCUCUAGGAAAAAGCCUUCUUAAGUGGUUUUUCAGUUACUGCUGUGCAAAGCAGGGGUGGUCAGGAUAGAAGUUUGACUUUCACAUAACUGAAUUUUACUAGUUAAUGGCGGCGGGGGGGAACGGGUAAUUGGUAAAUUUAACAUUAGGGAAGGACUGCAUGCUUGUCAGAUAAAUUUCUCAUAUAGAAUUACAUAAAGUAAAAAUUGUAAGUCUACCAUUCCCUGCCCACACACACACACCCACACCCACCCAUACAUACACACACACACAGUUUUCAAAAGCUUACUCCAACAUUUUACAAGUUACCAUUUUUCACAAUUUGGCAGGCAACUCAAAUAUAGCCAUAUACAUGUAUUUUUAAAAUAAUAGGUGGAAUCAUCCUUGUAAUUGUCAUCCUGUUUUUAUGAUGCUUGACUGUCAUAGGUAUCACUGUAUAUUAGAGAAUAUAGCUUUUCUUAAUUCUCCUUCAUUGAAGAUGAAUAUUCUGUAGUAUAAGUAUACCAUGCUUUAUUUAAUCUUUUCGUUAUUGGUAGCUCUCUAGGUUGUCUCAGUAUUUCCUAGUAAUAUUUUUAAACUAACACUUUAAUGUGUAAUCAUACAUGUAUAUUUUUGUUAAAACAUUGAAUGAUUAACCUUGCUUUGCUAUUUUUCUGCCUUUAUCUUGGACAUAUGAAUUUAGUAGAACUUCCUUAUGAGAAUGUCAGUGGGGGGAGCAUUAGGCAUAACCAAAGUAGUAACAUCGAUUAUUUGGUGGAGUUAUGUUUCACGGAAUCAAUAUGAUAUGUUAAAAUCUUUGCAUGUGACUAAUGUAUUAAUGAGGUCCUUGUUCAUGAUUUCUCCUCAAUUGGGUCCUUUUUAAAUCGUGUUUAUGAAUCUUCUUUACAUCUGAACCUUCAAAAUUCUCUGCAGCACAUGAAGUUAAUAUACAGUUAGCACAAAAUGGCCAAGAACUGCCUUUGGAGUUGAGCCACUUAAUCAGAUGUGCAAUCGUAGACACUAACUUAGCUUCCCUAAACUCAAGUUCACGUUUGCAAAUUGGUGGCAAUAGUAUCUUAUUAUAUAUGACACACAUAUAUGCAUGAAUGUAUAAAGGGCCUGGCACAGUGCCUAGAAUCAUUAAAAUGCUUAGAAAGUGAAAAUUGUUACUCUUAUUUUUAUUGUUGUUAGAUAGAAAUAUGGUGACAAUAUGAGCUGUUUGAUCAAUCCAACAAAGAAACCAUUUCAUUUAGGUUCUAGAGUAGAGAGUUUUUUGUUUGGUUGGUUUUGAUCUUUUGAGGAGGCAAUGGUGACAAAUACAGGGAAGAGUGAAGGGAUGGUACCAAAUGGCUGGUCUUGUCUACAUUGAUCCAAUCCUCUGUGCCCCAAGUCACUGUGGUUCUCCAUGUGGUCCAGCUAUGUUCCCCAAGACCCUUUCAUGUGGUCUGCAAGGUCAAAACUUUCUUAAUAACACUAAGAUGUUAUUUGCCUUUUUUUCUAAUUCUCUCAUGAGUGAACAGUGGAGUUUUCCAGAAGCUAACUGAUGUAUGAUAAUGUUAUUAAGUUGAAUACAGAAGCAAAUACAGUGAUCCCCUUUAACUUUGGAGGAUAUGUUCCAAGACCCUCAAUAGAUGCUGAAAGCUCAAAUAGUACCAAACCCUUAUACAUUAUGUUUUUUUCCUAUACAUAUGUACCUAUGCUAAAGUUUAAGUUAUAGAUUAAGCACAGUAAGAGAAUGCCAACAACAAUAAUAAAAUAGAACAAUUAUAACAAUAUAUCUUAAUAAAAAUUAUAUGAAUAUAGCCUCUAUCGUUUUCUCUAUCCCGUUCUCAAAAAUAUCUUACUGUACUGUACCUUCGGUAGGCAAAACCACAGAAAGCCAAAUCAUGGAUAUGAGGAGACUACUGUAAAAGAAUCUGGUUGUCCUCUAUUAAGCCAGACAUUCAAGAAUAGGAAAAAAAAAAGUAGUGUCUGGGCGCAGUGGCUCGCGCCUGUAAUCCCAGCACUUUGGGAGGCUGAGGCAGGUGGAUCAGGAGGUCAGGAGUUUAAGACCAGCCUGACCAAUAUGUUGAAACCCCAUCUCUACUAAAAAAAAAAAAAAAAAAAAAUACAAAAAUUAGCUGGGCAUGGUGGUGUGAGCCUGUAGUUCCAGCUACUCAGUAGGCUGAGCCAGGAGAAUCAUUUGAACCCGGGAGGUGGAGGUUGUAUUGAACCAAGAUCUCACCACUGCACUGCAGCCUGGGCGAUACAGCGAGACUGUCUCAAAAAAGAAAGAAAGAAAGUAGUAAAACAAUGUCACUUUUCUCACUAAGUUUACUUUUGUUUUGGACAACAGUGUUUAAAAUAUGCUAUUUGUGUUAACAUGUAAUGCAUUAAUUGUUAUUUUUCAAUGAAUUAAAAAUAAUUUAAAAAUUUAUUUUUCAGUUUCAAUUUGUAUUGGUAAAUAUUAGUAGUUAUAACUCACACACACGAAAACAUUCUCAAUAAUUUUUGAGAGUAUAAAAUGUUUGAGAGUUCGGUUCUGAGGCCGAAAAUGUUGAGAACCACUGCACCUAGUCCAUCACUUUUUAGUUUCUUCGGAAGGUAACACAGACUGCACUUCUGCAGGUCAUGGAGAGGCUUUAAAAAUGAAAAUGAAAUAAAGCUCUAAAAACUUUUUCAUAAUCUGGGAGACUUAGGUAGUUUAGAAGAAUGACAUUUUAUUUACUCAACCCUUUAGACGUUUCUAUAAAAUUAGGCAGCAAUUUAUAGCUCUUGGCUUUUUAAAAACUGGUUAUCUGUGUCCAAUAACAUGGCUCAGUGCUCCCUUUAGUUUUACUGUGCUCGUGAGAAGGAAUGAUUAAAGAAGGCCUCAGCUGUCCCCUGGACCCCGAGAGACUGUAUCUUUUUCACUUAAGGCAUAAAAGCUUUCUCCCUGUAUCCUGUUACAGCUGGUACCUCUGAGCUGUUUUGGGGAGAACAGGUGAGGUCACUUGGUUCCAUGAUCUGGAGGGUGAUUAAGAAUCCCAUGACUAAAUGAACAUUUUAUGAAUAUUCAGGGUCUAUUUCUUUUUCCUGGGAAACACACAUGUUGGUACUGCUUACAACUCCCUUUGGAGACCCCAGCCUUUUCUGGGUGAAUGCAGGUCGUCAGCUGUCUGCCCAGCCCUGCAGUUCCAGGCAGCAGAUUCUUCAUUUGCAUAUUCUGUAUUCGCCCUCAUGCAAAACAGCACACCCAUUUCCCCCUUUCACAAAGGCAAUGAGGGCUUCCUUUGGAAACCCCAGCCAAAAUCUCCUUCUGUUUAUGCAGAGCCCAGUGAUUCAGACACCAUGCAAAUUAAUUCGGUUUUGAUUUGAAUGCUUCCAGAGAUCAGGGGUGGGAGGCAGAGAGGAGACUAUUUGCACAGGGCUCUUUUUAUGCACCCUCUGCCCCCAGUGUGGCUGGUUGUCACUCUCCGGCCCCCCUGCCCCAUGCAAAAUAACCCAAGUCCCUGCUGCUCAUUUCAUUCUGACCUUUGGAAAAGGAACCCAGCCUUGGUGAAUCCCUUGGCUUGUCUGUUUAGUGACAGCUUCAGCUGGAAUCUUGCUGUUCUUUCUGAGGUGGGAGGGGAUGGCACUAUUCAGAUUAUGCUAGGAAUGUUCAGAAGUGUCCCAACAAAGGGCUUUAAAAAAUUGUAAAGUAAAAGAUACAAUUCUUUGAAAAAGAAUUGUCAGAGCUCAGGAAGUUCUGAAAAUAGGCCUUAGGUCACUAAUGGGCUGGAGUCCAUUCAUGCCAUCAGUGAGUAGAUGUUUAAAGUCUAUGACGUACAAAUCACCACUGGGAUUUUCAUCUGUGUUUCUUCAUCUAUGAACGAAUACAUCAAUCUUCAUACCUAGAAUCACAAUUAAGAUUUCAUAUUUUCACUUACGUCCCCAGAUAAAAUUCUUUAAAAUGUGUAUUGACUAUAAUUCUGUUUCUUAUUAUAUUUGUGGAUUCACUUUUGGUUGAAUAUUGUCUUUUGUUUCUGUCUCCCUCCUCCCCACUCCCCCCAGUGUCUCCAAAUUUACUUAUUUUUUAACCUUACCUUUAUUCCUUUUAGAAUGGGAAGGCAAGCGUACUGCAUAUUUUACCCAACAAACUUAACUCUGGUUGAAACCAGCACUGUCUUCUGAAAGGCCACGAUCAUAUAUGCAUUCUAUAAACUAGAAGAAGAGGACUUUGCAUGAAAUGUUUUUGAAGUUCAAUUAGACUUGAGUUCAAACUAAUUUCACAGAGCAGAAAACGGGCAUAGCUAGACGUUGCAGUCUAAUUAAGUAAAAGCAAGGUCAGUUAAAACAACAUCUAAACGUGGAAGAGCUUUGGUUUUGCUCCACAUGGUCUGACAAAGUUUGAUGAUGCUGUUCAAAGUCCAUUUGGGAUGGAUUAUUAGGAUUAAAGAGCAGCAGAAUGCUCUCUCUACAUGGUGUGUUCCCUGGUGUCAUUAGCGGAUGAGAAAAUUCAGCUGCUUAUCUGGCUCUUGUUUCUCAGGAUGGAUUUAAACAGACCCACACUUCUCAAAGGUGAUCUUACUAACCUCUUCUUAAUAAGUUACAGAUCUCAAAUUGCUCAAAAUCCUUAAAAUACCAUUUGAAGUAAGUUGAUUGAUAAUUAUCAUUUCCCUUCCGUUUACAGAUAUUUUCUGCACCAGUACAAAGCUGUGGUACAGUUUCUUAAUUACCCAGAUAAUCCUGUUUGCUUGUAUUUUUAAACUAUGAAGUGCUGGGUAAUUAUUCAAUUCUUAAUAGAAGGCAAAUGGCAAUGUAAACAAUAAUUAGGAUGUUAGACUAAUGCGCUUCAAAGCAAAUUGGAUUUUUUUCAUACUGUUCAGCAUGAAGUCCCAUAAAGCUAACAAUUUAGAAGCAAGGCGAAAAAGGUUCCAUGUUGUUCAUAUUUUAUGGCGUUAUCUCUUCAUGGCUUGUUUCUGUGAAUAGCAGUUUGCCCCAAUGAAGCUGCCUGUGCCCAAGCCAAAUGUUUCUGUAACAAUCGCUUCCCUGCUGUUUGACAUUUGGCUAUGUUCUCCCAGGGCUCCAGAUUGGGCCUUUGUCUGCUUCAGAUCU